UUCCUUUCUGUCAGUUCUGUAUUGAUUCAAUAUAUCUCAGAAAACCCUAAUUCUGGAAGCAAGUAUAUAUAGGCGCAGAUUUUGUCUCGAGAGAGAGAGAGAGAUGGGGGCGCAAAACAGCAAAGCAGAAGCAGCUGUUGCCUAUGCAAAGGCGCAUGGCGGCGAUGAUGAGGAAUCACUCAAACAGAACAAACAGGAUCUCGUCUACCCCAAGACACCGCUGUCUAUCGGUUCGGAUAAUAUCUACGGCGACAUGCUGGUGAGAAUCCCAAAGAACACCACCAUCCCAACCAGGAAGUUCGAAUUUGUCUCAACCACCGCGUCUGACUUCCAGGAAUCCGUGAAGAUAUCUUUUUACCAAGGUGAAAGAAAGAAGGCAAGCGCCAACCAACUUCUUGGCGUCCUGGUGUUCGAGGGCAUCCCUCCCGCUCCCAUGGGCGUUGCAAAGGUCAAGAUUUGCGUCGACAUCGAUGCCAAGGGCAACCUGAACGUGUCUGCCGAGGACAAGUCGACCGGCCGGAAGGCGACCAUGAGCAUACCGGGCGUCGGGGUCAGAGGAAAGUUUCUGACGACCGAGGAGGUGGAGAAGAUGGCCCGACAAGGAGAGAAGCACAAGUCGGAGGACGAAGAGCACACGAAGGAGGUGAAUGCCAUGAUAGCAAUGAAGGAGUAUGCAUACCUGGUCAGAGAGAACGCGGCUGCUGGAGCCUACUCCUGGAAAGCGGACGACGCAUUUAGGGAUGCGUUUGGGAAGAUGCUCGGCGAGUUCAAUGAGAAGGCAAAGGAGUUUGGAUUGGAAGGUGACAAGAAGAGGUGUGAAGCCUAGCACAUUAUCCAAUCAUCGGAUUCGAAGCACGAUCGGUUAGGGUUCCAACUAGUUUGGGAAGUAUAGAAAUUCAUCGGACAAUAUUCAUUGUGUUUUGCUCUUGUUUAUUCGAAUACUUUGCUGUUUCUUUUCUAAGUUGGCUCAGGAUGUUCCAAAGUUUCUUUUGCUGCUGCGUACAAUCACAAUGUAAAAUACUUUCUCCUUGAUUAGGGUAAUAUGCUAGCUACUACCUAGUUAGGGCUGGUUAACGAUUAUCCUGUUACGGGUGUGAUCGAUAACCGAACCGGAAUCGAUGGUUAACUAUUACACCAGUAACUGAUGAUUAAAUAAUAAUAAAAAGUCGGUUCUUGGCAGUCAAAUUUAGGGGUGGGUGUUGGGUGGGUUGGGCGGAUUUUAACCAUGAAACUCACCCACGUGCGAUUAAACGGAUUGAUAAAUUUUAACCCAGCACACACCCACAUUUAGUCUUGGGUUGGGUCGGGCGGAUGGUGGGUGAUGCGGGUGGGUUUGUGGGUUCACCCACAUCACAAUAUAUAUAAUAUAAAGGAGUCAACUUGACAAGGUAAUCGCUGCAGAGAGUUAUAGGGCGGAAACAAGAAAAUGGAAUAGGAAGAAAAAAUGUCGAAUUAGUUCUGAAAUUGGAUAGAAAUUCUAUUAUGGAGUUUUCAACCGAUGAAGAUGAUUAUCAAGUGCAGGGAACUAAGAAAAAUAAUUCAAUAGAGGAAAAAGAGGUGAUCUAAGCACUAGAAUCAGAGGAAAAAAUAAAAGGAAAAAGGGGAUCGCGAUUUGGAAGGUUGGCUUUGAGGUUCAAUCUCUUGGAGCAACCCUAGUUUCCGUCUAACGUCUCCACUCUCCCCUCUACAACACCAACGACUUUGUUCUUUUUGCAGUUGGGUUGAGCGGGUUACCCGCGCACCCGCCACUCGGCGAAUGGCUCCCAAAGCAACCCGUUACCCUCCCAAGACCCACCCACAUAACUAAAUUCUGGUCAAAUGCGGGUGGGUCGGUUCAAACCUGCGGGUAAUUCGCUCGCAUGCCCAGCCCUAGUUAAAUUUAUAGCUAAUUAAUAACCGACAGUUAAACGGUCAACCGAUUACGACCAUGCUUAUUGUUAGGGCAAAAAAUAAUAGGCAUUGAUGAGCCGAAAGCACAGGCCAAACAUAAUGGGAUGUUUGAAAGCCUACAAGAUCAAUUGCCUAACUUGGUUGUGAUAGUGAAUAAGCACUCCCCUUUAGUUACAGGAUCUCUUCCUGUGGUCGUGGCAGGUCACCGAAAAGUUCUUCUCCAGUUGAGCGGGUUACCCGCGCACCCGCGCACCCGGCGAAUGGCUCCCAAAGCAACCCGUUACCCUCCCAAAGACCCACCCACAUAGCUAAAUUCUGGUCAAAUGCGGGUGGGUCGGUUCAAACCUGCGGGUAAUUCGCUCGCAUGCCCAGCCCUAGUUAAAUUUAUAGCUAAUUAAUAACCGACAGUUAAACGGUCAACCGAUUACGACCAUGCUUAUUGUUAGGGCAAAAAAUAAUAGGCAUUGAUGAGCCGAAAGCACAGGCCAAACAUAAUGGGAUGUUUGAAAGCCUACAAGAUCAAUUGCCUAACUUGGUUGUGAUAGUGAAUAAGCACUCCCCUUUAGUUACAGGAUCUCUUCCCGUGGUCGUGGCAGGUCACCGAAAAGUUCUUCUCCAAGUCGACUCCACCACUGCUCUCCAUCUCCAUCUCAUAACCUCCAAUCAACAAGAUUGCUGCUUCCAAAUCCUGAUAUAGAAAAUCAGGGAUCUCUUGAACCAAAAUUGGGAGGUAAAAACCUCUCAUACUCUAUAGGGAAUGCAAUAAAGCCGCAGAUUACCU